AUCUCUAAAUAUGAAAACCAUCAUAGCAAUUAUCAUCCUUUCGCAAGUCCUUGUCAUCUUUGGUCAACCCAACAACCAUGACACAUUGUCUGCGCGAUCCUCCGGAUUCGAAAAAGAUCCCGGCUCGACUUCUUUUGUAAAAAGGAAACAUGAGAAGAGGCAAGCCCCAGUAUUACCAGGGAUGAUGACCUGCUUUAUUACCGCCACACUUCGUCUAUCAGGAUUUGCGGCUGACUGCUAUGAUGCUAUCGCGUUCCUGUAUGAGCCGAGUUACCCACCAUGUGCCAUUUGCCGUACUUGUGUAGUCUAUCCACUUGAUGGCAAAGAAAAGCCACUGGCAGGUCGUCAUGACAAACAGGGUAACAUUCUGCCGCCUAAGUUGACUCAGCCCGAAAUGAAUUCAGGCUAUAACGCGAAGUUCGCCGGCAAGGGGUAUGAUGGUUCCCCAAAUUGCGACAAUUAUGUAUUACCAGAGGGUGUGCAACUUACGGAUCCAGAUCAUGUUCCGAAACCUGGUACCUAUUAUUCACCCUUCCUUAUGUCAACAAUGUCAGGACAGGGUGACGCGUGUAUGGCUUGUAACGCUACUUUGACAAAGCAAGUUUUCGAUCAAGGAGGAUAAGGAAUCUAAAAUACCAUGAUCCAACUUGUGUUAUAGUGUUCCAAUUAUCUUUUUUUCAUAGGCUAAACUAUAAUGGAAAGUUGUUUAAACAUCUGAUCUACUCCAAUUUUUUUUCACUUCUCUUGGAUGAUUGUCUUUGUUCAUCAAUUUUUUCAAUAGUGAUGAAGACUGCUCAAUAGAAUUCGGAUAUACGAAAUAUGAAAUUCACACCUAUCCAAUGUCUGAUAUCACACUUCUGGCAGAAGCCUACUCAUAUCCCCUCAAAACAAUACCUUCAGCUG